AUGAUUACGCUGAGAAGUUAUCUGUUCACUUCCCAAGACUUAUCGGCAGCCAACCUCAAUACCACAAGCAAACGACGAAGGAAGAUACCUCAAAAGGACGACGAUAUGUCUCCCUCUAGAGGAACAACGACGAGGGUCACCCCCGCAACCCCUCCCCCUACAUCCACCAAUCCAAGUCCGAAGCCUACGAUACCGACUUCACCGGUGGUUAUUCCCGCUCGAGGAUAUCGCGAUAGUUUCCCCGAGAGUCACAGAUCCAAAAUUAGGAACGAAUAUCAACAUGGGGGGAGGCGCCGGAAUAUACACUCUGCGGAUGCGACAUCUCCGUCAGUAGCGGCACUUCUCGCCAUUACCCAAAUACCAAACCCAAGGCUACAUACUGCCGGCCGAACCCGAGCUCGUCCAGAGCAAAGGUUGACAGUGGAUGCCGUAUUACAGCAUACGGGCGUUUCUGAGAAGGAGUUUAGUAUGUCCCUUGGAAAAAGCCAACUGGACUUACUUCUCAGUCCGCCAGAAGAGUUGGAGGAUGAAAUCGCAGGGAGUGAUAAUGGCCAAGAAUCAGUCACGACGAUGUCAAGCGAAUCCGUACCAUCACUCGACGAUGAUUCCACCAGCGAGACCUCUCUUUCUCUUAAUUCUUUGUUAACGCCGAGCUCUCGAGGAAGGAGGUCGCUACCAUCACGCAGGGUGCCACCAUAUACUUCACCUCCUAGCUCGAUUACUAUGGAAGACCAUCCCUUGUCGGACCCCGAUAUCGACAUUGACCAGCUCGAUUUCAGAGUAUUCCAAAAUUCACAGGGCGGAGGAGAAGCGACGCCCACCGUCGAGGUCCCAACACCUCCACGCAAGUCAGCCUUCAAGUCGAAUUUGACAGCAUCAUUACGAGCGCUACGGUCUGCGGCAAUGUCACUCUCUUCACUCACAGCACCCAUGAUUACACCCGACGAUUUCCUCACAAGAUCAAUCAUUUCUAUAGACCCACAAGUACCAUUCACAGAUGAGCGCAUGCCCCCUCGCCUUGAAGACACCCCAACUCCAGCACUCAGACGCUAUCUUAAUCCGACCACCAAUGCCCCUAUAGAAGCCCAUAUGACCCCAUCUCGGUCUCAGGCGCUCUCAGAGACGAAAUGCACUGCAUCUAUCCAGAUGGAAACUUACAAGAUUUCCCGUUCAUCUAGUGGUAUUUUGCCAAGCGUUAUUAGUCGGCGGACGAAAUCUACUGAAGAAGUUUUGGUGGAAGCGGCCGGCCCGGUGGGCCGCCAACGGGAGAUGCGCGAAAACAGCGACUUCAUUCGGAUUGCAGUUAUGGAGAUGGCUAUGCGGAAGAAAGGCAAGCUGGAUGACCAGAAGCCAGGCCGAGCGAAAUGGGCUCUACCUCCGAGAAAGGUCCCAACAAAUAACUACGAAAUUGGAGCAGACGGUGUACCAAUACGAUGGAUCCCCCAGGUCCAAUGA